GCUACACACAGUGUGACAUCCAGACCAGAGCCAAGGAGCCUGUAACGCGUGUGAAGGAAGGGGGAAGAAAGGAGCCGGGUAAGGAGGAAUGCAGUAGCCAGCAGCUGCCUCUCCCCCACAGCACAGCGCUAACAGCUUCUGCUCAUCAUUUCCCUUCACCCCCCUCAUCCACUCCCACAUCAGCAGCAGCAGCACCGGAGAAGUAGCUGCGCCGGAGCACAGACCCGGCAAUCUCUCACUACUGCUGCUGCCCUCAGUUACAGCCUUCUUCUAAAAGUUGGGUGAAGGGGGAAAUAGCAGCUGCCUAGAAGUUUGAAGUGGGCACAGAUGUGGCACUGAUAGAUGUUAUGGCUUGACAAUGUGUAUGUGAAGGUCUCUUGCAGGAAGCGGGUGACUGUAUGACUGUGGUGUGUGUGUGUGCACUGGCCCCUACUGGGAGCACUGGCCCCUCCUGUGUGCGCAGAGCAGGCUCAUAGCUAGGGAAUUCCUCCUGUGUGUGCGCAGCCCCCGGCGUGUGACAUCAGCUGCACACACAUAUCAUCUGGGGAGAUAGAUGUUCCACUGGCACUGUCCGGAGCAUUGCAUCUGGCACGUCAUAUCUCUCUGUAUAUCAACGAGGACAUUGGAACAGGCGGAGUAAGGGGAUCUUGCUGGAUUUGCCACUUUUUGCAUAACAGGGUGAUAGAGUUGGGUACAGAGGUUGGCAUCAUCUAGGCUGCCAGAAUAGAAGAACAAGUUGUCCUACUGCCUAGAAGACACCGGCUUGCUUUGUGAAUGGGGGUGCUGGUGGUCUGUGACCUGGUUUGAGCCGAGUGUUCACUCUGGUGAGUGCAGACUCAUGCAGCACUUUGCACUGCACACGAAGGACUGGUGAUGGUGCACCCAAACAGAAGGGGGAAGCACUCCGUCACACAGGGGGUAACGUGGGAGCCAGAUCACACAUCCUGAGAGGGAACCCUUUCCACAGGAGCAUUUCUACCCUGGAGACCAUGCUGCUGUAUGUGACAGAGCUGAGCAAUCCCAUACAGGAGGCACGGUGUACAUACUGCCUGCAGGAGCAGUGCCCUAACAGGAACGGACACAGAAACCUGUCUCAGUAAGACCCAAAGUCCAUUUUGCACAGACAGUAGCCCCCAGGGAAUGUCCUGAUCUGACAGCCGGAGACCCUCAGUGACUGUUCCCUGAUCUCGGAGACACACAUCCCCCGACCCCAGCUCUGCUGCUGCCUGCAUGCACCCAGGGCUCUGCCCGCGCCGGGGAUGCCAUGCCCCGCAACCACAGUGGAGGCGAUGAGGGAGGCUCUGAACUCUGGAUGAAGAGCACCGCCAGGGGCAGAGGCAGAGACCGCUACUACGGCAUGAAGGAUGUGGAGUCCGGACGGGGCAGCCGGGUGCUGCUGAACUCCAACCGAGGGGACGGCUUGCUCCUGCUGGGGACAAGCGAAACGGCCAGGGGCGCUGUGGGGACCGGGGGAGGUGUGCAGGAGAGCCGCAGGGGGAAGCAAGGAGCUCGCAUGAGCUUAUUGGGAAAGCCGCUGUCUUACAACAGCAGCCAGAGCUGCCGGAGGAACGUGAAGUACAGGAAGCUGCAGAACUAUCUGUACAACGUGCUGGAGAGACCCCGAGGCUGGGCUUUCGUCUACCACGUAUUUGUUUUCCUUCUUGUCUUCAGCUGCUUAAUUUUAUCAGUGUUCUCCACCAUCCCUGAACAUCAAGAACAAGCUUCAUACUGCCUCUUUGUCCUGGAAUUCGUAAUGAUUGUCGUGUUUGGUUUGGAGUAUAUUAUUCGCAUAUGGUCUGCAGGCUGCUGUUGUCGUUACCGAGGAUGGCAAGGACGGUUAAGAUAUGCCAGGAAACCAUUUUGUGUAAUAGAUAUCAUAGUUCUUAUUGCAUCUGUGGCAGUUGUGUCUGCUGGAUCUCAGGGAAACAUUUUUGCUACAUCAGCACUCCGAAGUCUUCGAUUCCUACAGAUCCUCCGUAUGGUGCGCAUGGAUCGGAGAGGGGGCACGUGGAAAUUGCUAGGUUCUGUUGUUUAUGCACACAGCAAGGAACUGAUCACAGCUUGGUAUAUAGGAUUUUUAGUGCUUAUCUUUUCAUCAUUCCUUGUUUAUCUGGUGGAGAAAGAAGCUAACACACAAUUUCAAACGUAUGCAGAUGCUUUAUGGUGGGGUACGAUCACGCUGACAACUAUCGGCUAUGGCGACAAAACACCUCACACAUGGCUUGGGCGACUUCUUUCAGCUGGAUUUGCUCUGCUUGGCAUUUCCUUCUUUGCAUUACCUGCAGGCAUUCUCGGUUCAGGAUUUGCUUUAAAAGUUCAGGAACAACACCGACAGAAGCACUUUGAAAAAAGGAGAAAUCCUGCAGCUAGUUUAAUUCAGUGUGUAUGGCGUAGUUAUGCGGCUGAUGAGAAAUCGGUUUCCAUUGCUACCUGGAAGCCUCAUUUGAAGGCCUUGCAUACCUGCAGCCCUACAAAGAAAGAACAAGGAGAAACAUCUGGCAGUAAGCUUUGUAGUAGUAAACAGAAGCUCUUCAGGAUUUGCAGCUCUCGGAAACUUAGCCAGAAGUUAAGCUUUAAGGAGCGUGUGCGCAUGGCAAGCCCAAGAGGGCAAAGUAUAAAGGGCAGACAGACAUCAGUUGGAGAUCGGCGUUCCCCCAGCACGGAUGUGGCCACAGAAGCAAGCCCCACAAAAGUACAAAAGAGCUGGAGCUUCAAUGAUAGAACACGCUUUCGUCCUUCUCUUAGAUUGAAGAGUUCACAACCCAAACCAGUGACCGAUACUGACGUCAACCUUGGAACAGAGGAAGUACAUGAUGAGAAAGGGUGUCACUGCGAUGUAUCAGUAGAAGAUCUAACCCCAGCUCUUAAAACUGUCAUCCGAGCGGUCAGAAUAAUGAAGUUCCAUGUAGCAAAAAGGAAGUUUAAGGAGACCUUACGCCCUUAUGAUGUGAAAGAUGUGAUUGAGCAAUAUUCUGCUGGCCAUUUGGACAUGUUAUGCAGAAUAAAGAGUCUUCAAACACGGGUUGACCAAAUUCUUGGAAAAGGUCAAAUAACAACAGAUAAAAAGAGUCGAGAUAAGAGUAUAUCUGAAACUGAGGCAGCAGAUGACCUCAGUAUGUUGGGCCGAGUAGUUAAAGUUGAGAAACAGGUACAAUCCAUUGAAUCAAAAUUAGACAGCCUACUUGAUAUCUACCAACAGGUCUUAAAGAAAGGAUCUGCCUCAGCACUGACUUUGGCAUCAUUUCAGAUGCCACUAUUUGAAUGUGAACAAACCUCAGAUUAUCAAAGUCCUAUAGACAGCAAAGAUCUGUCCAGUUCUGCACAGACCAGUGGAUUUAUUACCAGAUCGGCUAGUGCCAAUAUCCCCCGGGGGCUACAGUUUGUACUAACACCAAAUGAAUUUAACACAUCUGCUUACUAUGGAUUUAGUCCUACAUUGUAUAGCCAAGCGACUCAGGCAUCAACAAAUGUAAGUGAUGGACCUGUAACUAUGGUAACAAACAGUAUAUCAAACCAAAUAAGCCAGGCCUCAAAGCCAACAGCACCUACAACAUUACAGCUACCAGCUGUAUCCUCCAUGAAGAAUAUCAACAAACCAGAACCAAUUAAAAUAAUUCCUAUGACCACAAAAGAAGAUAUUUGUGAUAUCACCGCCUGCCUUGUUGCCUCAAAAGAAAUCUUACAGCCUGCACAACCUAGUUUAGCAAAAAAAUUUGUAAGGCGGAAAAGCCUUGAUGCAAAUAGUGGGGUAUUGUCCUCAGUUCCCUUUACACACAAAGAUUUUGGCAAAUCAAUUUCUGUGCAAAAUCUGAUUCAAUCCACAGAAGAACUGAAUGUGCAGCUUUCAUGCAGUGACUCAAGUGUCUCCAGAGGCAGCCAGGAAUUUUACCCACAAUGGAGGGAAUCAAAACUUUUUAUUCCAGAUGAAGAGCUGGAGACAGAGACUGAAACUUUUGAUGCUGUCUCUGAGCCUAUAGUGGAAACCACUUUGUUACCUGACUCUUUGAGGACUGGAAUAGCAAAAUCAUCUCAAAGCAUUAGCAAAAAUAGGGAUGGUACAGAAACCCUUAGCCCUCCACAUGUUAUACACAAAUAACAUUUUUUUAUAGGGUUUAUGAUUCCUUUAGUCAUUCAUAUCAUUGCAUGAACUUUUUUGAAAAGCCCGUAAAACUAGUGUAACUGCAAGAAGCGGAAAGAAACAGAAUGGCAAUUCUACUACAAGCCUAUCUCUCCUAGUUGCAUGAAAAUGCAUGUUUAAGUGAAGGCUACAAAUUAUACAGACACACACGCACACACCUUCAAUUAUAGAAUAUAUGGAAGCUGAUUUAAGUAUCAACUUGCCUGCAAAGUCAAUGACACAAAAUGUGUUGACUUGGUUUAGUAUGAGCAAUUUGAAAGGCCUAUUAUUAGAUGGUACUGUUUAUAAACCUUAGAGUCUAAAGCACUUUUAAUCUAUAUAAAAAUAAUUAACUGUCCACAUUGGAAAUAUAUGGUCAUGUUUACAACAAAGAGGAUGUUACAGCUGCUAGCAAUUGUACCAAGGAAAGUAGUAACAUUGGACUUGAACCGCUGCUAGAUGUGACGAGAUUACACAUUACACAUACAUAUUCAUUUCAGUCAUUUCUUUUGAUGCACAUGUAACAUGAAUGUUGAUUUCUGUAUAUUUCUGCUGAAUUAGUGUUGUGACGAAUAAAAUUGGCACAUCA